AUCUUAUUUAACUCGAGCAAACAUUCUAUGGUUCAGCAUACUGAAGUUACUGAACCGAAGUACAAUUCGACUUUGUUUGGUUGGUUCUGUAGAGGAGUAUAGGUCUAUAACGCCAUAGUCCAUGGACCUGGUUCUACAGACGGCCAUCAAGGACACUUGUUUCCUUUGCACAACACAAUGACACGUGUAAAUGUUUAGGCGUUUACUUAUAUCGACAGUGAUUAGACCAAGAGCAAAGAGACUGAUAUCACCUGAUCGUGCAUGGGCAUAAAAUUCAUUCUCCAGUUAAAAUUGGACCUUACAAGGAGUAUUUUUGAGGAUUACCGUCCAGCUAGCACCGAGUACAGAUCGAGACCGAGAGUAACCGUUAUGAUUUAAUAAAGUGACCAGUUAAGCCAUCAUGGGAACUUUUCUUGGCCACAUCCUCCCCGGGACUUUCUUCUUCAUCUAUGGACUGUUGUAUAUCGUCAAAGAUGCCUUUAGUCUGUCUCUAAACUCAAGGAAGAAGUCCAGACCAUCACCACGAUCACCCGGAGAACUCUCUCCUCCAUCAGAACAUAACCAGGACAAAGAUGUAGGUCUUGGCAGAAGUGUCUUUCAUGGAAAGCUGGAAAAGGGUGCGAGUUCAACCAGUAACGGUUGGGAGAGCUUUGAUUUUGAGUCAGAUCACGAAGAGACAUGCCUCUUUUCCCGCGAGGCAGACGACGCUUUCCCGCCAGAUUCUGAACACAAAUUGGAAACACGAGACCAAGAUCUACACUGCGAUUCGUUGGAGGUGCACGAUACUGACGGACAACCAAAACGCAAGUGCGCGCCUCUCAAAGAAUGGUUGACCAACACUUUAAUCAUUGAAGGAAUCUUGAAGAUUGCAUGUGGCAUCUUUGGCGCCAUAGAGGAACUCUGGUGGGGAGGUUGGUACAUCAUCAGUCCUAGAACAGGCAACUUCACCAACAUGAACAACUGGCAGCAUGCAACCAUGUUUACAUACUUCGCCGUCAGCGGGGUAGCCGAUAUCGUCUUCCAGACAUGCCUCAAGUGCAGGCCGUCGUCCCCAUCAGAUAGGCCUCGAGAGAAAAUCUUCCUGUCGCUGGCCUUCUUUGUGGAGGGUCUUUUGUUUUUCUUCCACACGCACGGACGAGAGGAAAUCGACGUCCAUAUCCACGUCCUGCUCGUUAUCGCGAUCCUCGUAUGCGCCAUCGGUGCCGGACUGGAGCCGUGGUCGUACACCCCCGCAUCGCCGGGCGUCAGGCGCAUGUGGGUCACGGCUACAUGCGUUCAGGGCACGUGGUUCUGGCAAAUUGCUUUCGUUCUAUAUAACCCGUGGAGAGACACCAACACAACACACGAAGUCGACGACGAUGAGGUAAUGCAUAACAUGAUGAUGAUGACGACGAUGUUCACGUGGCAUGUUCUUGCCGUUCUUUCAAUAACGUGCUUGAUUCACGUAAUUGUCAGGUAUUUUUCAAAGUUUAGAUGCUGCAAAAAUUAGAGAAAAGUGUAUAUACAGACAUUUUUUAUCAAUUAGAUGAUAUAUCAUUUCAAUGACUGGUGACAAUUUGAGGUUUGUACAUACGGAUAUAGUAUUUAUUUAGGGGAAGUCAUUAAAAGCGAAUUAGGAAGAAUUCAACUGCAAUAUUUGUUAAAUACUUUGCAUAGGCCUACUUGCCAAUAUUCAGAUGAUACGUAAACUUUCUUUAAUUACAUAACGGCAGACAUGGUUUGCAGUUUAUACAAACUACUUUUUACAAUGAUAAUUUACGUCGUUUAAUGUAUUUAUUUUAAACAAAUAAAAAUGGACCAAACUCAAAGGUAAUACAGUGAAACCUGUAUAUAAAGACCGCUCAAGGGAGAC